AUGGCGUCGUUCGUGGUAUCCUCCGCCGUCGCCAGGCUCAGCAACCCGCUACAGAGGCCGCCGCAGUUCGUGCGUCUCCAUGGAAGGCCUUCCCUCGGGAGGACGGCGCUCCUUUUCCCUUCUGGAAGGCUUGCGCGGGGGGUUUCCGUGAGCCUUAGGGUUUCGGCGUCUGCGAGCUCUUCCGCCGCCCCUUCUGCCAGAAUCUCGCCUCCGGUGGCUCCCUUUUCCUCCGAGGUCGGUGUAUUUCUCGCGGAUUCCACCCGGACGGUGGCUUCCUUGGCGGCGCUGGCUUUUGCUGUGUCGAAGAUUUUCGUGAACUCCGUCAGGUCUUUCGCGGAGAAGGUUGCCGCCCCCCCGUCGGCGCAGGAUUUGGCCAAGCUUCUGGAGAUGAAGGGGAACCUGAUGUGCUCGGUGGGGCCCCUGUUCUUUGCGGCGCUCCGUGACAGACCUCGCGGGGACUUGAACACCCCGCUCACUGUGGUGGCGGCGGGUUUAGCGAGGUGGCUGGAGAUCUACAGUGGGGUGCUGAUGAUCAGAGUCCUUCUCAGUUGGUUCCCGAACAUCCCCUGGCAUCGGCAGCCCCUCUCGGCCAUCAGGGACCUCUGCGACCCGUACUUGAACCUGUUCCGGAAUAUCAUCCCUCCAAUAUUCGAUGCUCUGGACGUGAGUCCACUCCUCGCUUUUGCGGUGUUGGGAACACUAAGCUCGAUUUUGAAUAGCAGCAAAGGAGGGUAUUGA